AUGCUAGAGGCCAACGACAACCGGAUCGAAUUGAUUCACGAAGAUGUGUUCAGGUUGUUGCCGAAUACACUGAAGACAGUCAGCGUCAGGAACAACCGUCUCACCUACGGUGCAUACAUCUGGUACCUACAGAACCUGACAGGACUGGAGACUCUGGAUUUAAGCACAACGAGGGGACUCCACACCUUACCAUUUGCGGAACCGGAAAACCAAACCAGAUAUACGUUACCGAGUCACCAUCAAACUGAAAACUGUUUCACAACACCAAGAGCAGAGAAAUAUUUGGAGGAUUCUCCACACGAAAAAAUACCGGAAAAUGCUCAUACGAUCAAACCCUAUGGCAUUCCUCCAAAUCUAAAAACACUAAAAUACACAGAUUGUAAGUUAGCAUAUGAUUUGUCAAAGUUGCAUUUUGCUGAUAAUAGCCUUAGACGUGUUGAUCUGUCUUAUAAUAUAUUUGCUGUUUGGUUAGGUCCUAUAUAUGGCUUGGAAAAUGUCACACAUCUUGAUCUCUCAGGAAAUCUUGCCACGUAUGUCAAACCAUAUUUUUUUGCAACCUUUCCAUCACUAACGCACCUAAAUGUAUCCCACAAUGCAUUCACUAUGUCUGAAAAUUGGGAAUAUUUUCGGAAUCAAAGUAAAGUAGAAGUUUUAGAUUUGUCUAGCAACAAGAUAUUGUUCUUGCAUCGGUAUUUCCUUACUGGACUGAAAUCACUGACAACAUUGAAUCUUUCUUUAAACUACAUGGACAGCCUAUUUGUAGAUCUGGACCAUAACUUAAAUCUUACAAGUAUAAAUUGUUCACACAACUACAUCAAAUAUAUAUCGCCACGGUUGAGAUCCCAGAUGGACAGGCUAGCCGCUUUGCACAACUUUACCAUAGACCUGUCUGGAAACGACCUCCGCUGUACAUGUCAAAAUAUAGAAUUUCUUGAAUGGUUGCUAAACUCCAACAUUCAUGCAGCAAACAGAGACCUGUAUCAUUGCGUUGACAUCAAUGGGGAAGUAAUACAUUUUAAAGAUCAUGAUGUACUAAAGAAUCUGAAAGAUUCUUGCUCUGAUUUCAUAGCUCUAUCUAUGGGACUACUUGCAACAUUCGUCCUCAUCUGUUCCCUGAUAGCAGCAACUAUCUGCUAUCGUUAUCGUUGGAAAAUUAUCUACUUUUUUUAUGUGUUCAAACUGAAACUAAGAAAAAACAAAACUGAAUAUGAACGCAUUUACGAUUUUGACGUUUACGUCUCUUACGCCGACCAUGACCUUCAUUUUGUCCGCGAGGACAUGAUUCAGAAGCUGGAACACCAGAAGGGGAAGAGACUUUACAUCCGGGAUCGAGACUCUCUUCCAGGAGCUCCUAUUGCUGAGAACAUCAUCGACGGGAUCAGAAGCAGCAAGAAAACUGUGCUGUUGUUGUCCCAGGCGUUCCUGAAGAAGAAGUGGUGUAGGUACGAGUUACACAUGGCCAACAUGGAGACUGUGUCCACUGGCCGAUCUGUCAUGGUCAUCAUCAUGUUGGAGGACAUUCCGUGCCGGGACAUUCCACCCGUGAUACUUUACGAUGUACAGAACAGCCGUUUUGUAGACUACCCAAAAGACCCCAGCGACCAGGAACUGUUCUGGGCAAAUGUGUCCACGGCACUUGAUAGUUAGACUGUCAUAUAGGUGACCUUACACAUGCACACUGUUUUGCAGUACAAUCCGUGAAGAUCCGUGUUAGAAGUGAUCUUCAGUAACCCAUGCUUGUUGUAAGAGGCGACUAACGGGAUC